CGGUGAAGGCGUGUGUGCUGUCACGUGUCGGAGGAUGGUGAUUGACAGCGGCGUUCACCGUUCACGGUAGAGAGGGCAGGUUUUAACGGACCUACUGUCACAUAUUGAAUGAUGCGUGAAUUACUAGUGUAAUUAAACCGGACAGCGGUGUCAGCAAAUGUGUCAGAAUUACAUGUCACCGCAGUUUCGCCGGUUGUAGCUGACCGUUGAUGGACGCUGCAUCGGAAUGAUGUUAGCUGCGGCAGCUAAAGGACGGUUAGCUUCAGUCUAACCAUUAAGGCAUGCUGCUGUGGUGAUUUCGGGAACAGAAUUGGCUCGUCAGCUCCACAGAGAAAUCCAGCGUGAUGUUGAAGAGCUGGUAGCUCAGGGUAACAUGAGACCCCACCUAGGAGUGGUCCUAGUGGGGGACGACCCAGCCAGCCGUACCUAUGUAAAGAACAAGACCCGGGCAGCCAGCAUCCUGGGUAUUUCCAGUGACACAGUGGUGCGACCAAGCUCAGUGUCCCAGGAGGAGCUGCUGGAGCUGAUUGACAAGAUGAACCGUGACUGGAGGGUCAGUGGCCUCUUGGUGCAGCUGCCACUUCCAGAACAUAUCAAUGAGCGAGCAGUAUGUAAUGCCAUCGCUCCAGAGAAGGAUGUAGAUGGCUUCCAUAUUGUGAAUAUCGGGAAGCUGUGCCUGGACCAGAGAUCAAUGGUUCCUGCCACACCUGCAGCUGUCUGGGAGAUUAUCAAAAGAGCAGGUAUAGAGACUGUGGGAAAGAAUGUUCUGGUCGCUGGUCGCUCCAAGAAUGUUGGAAUGCCCAUUGCAAUGUUGCUGCACACUGAUCGCAACCAUGAACGACCUGGGGGUGAUGCCACAGUGACCAUCGCUCACAGAUGCACACCGAGGGAGCGGCUGAAAGAACUAACCAGCCUGGCUGACAUCAUUAUUGCAGCUGCAGGUGUUCCCAAGCUGAUCACAGCAGAUAUGAUCAAAGAGGGAGCAGCAGUCAUUGACGUGGGCAUAAAUCGGAUCCAAGACCCAAACACGGGCAAACUCCGGCUCAUCGGUGAUGUGGACUUUGAGGGAGUGAAGGAGAAAGCAGGUUUCAUCACACCUGUUCCUGGAGGUGUGGGUCCGAUGACAGUUGCUAUGCUGAUGAAGAACACUGUGACUGCUGCCAGAAAUGCACUGAUGCAUUAAACACAGAACCAGUAUAAAGCCAUUCGUUUAAAUGAAUGCCAUACGGUACAAACAGUAUAUAAACACACACACACACACACAGAUGCAUACGUUUACUUACGUACACAUCACAAACACACCUUUUGCCAAACAUCCAACACACUUUUAUUUAAACAUCCAUGAGCUCAAGACUCCAUACCUGCUGGAAAACCUACUUGAUAUGUACUGUGUUUAUAUUGUUUAUUUAUUUAAGUUAUUUCAGAUUUCACUUUUUAAGAAUUUAGAUUGCUAUUUUUUCUACUGAAGUCAGUUUGGUUCAUUUUGAGCAUUCCAGAUUCACUGGAAAAUUAACAAUAAUGAUGAAAUGAAAUGAAAAGAAAUGGCUCUGCACCAAUACUA